AUUUUUUUUUGACAACAGAAAAGCUGGUAUGGAAUCAUUCACAACAAUUGUAGUAAAGAAGUGGAAAAGUGAUCCUUUGGGGUGGCGUGUUGGCAGCUGUGGAGGGAGGAUACACAUGAAUAGCUGUAGCUGUUAUUUAUUCCAUGUACUAAAAUUUCAGCAGUCACGAGUUGUGAAUUUUAUUCAACCCUUUUCAUGCAUGUUUGCUUACUUGCGGAGCAUCUAUUAAAAUCGCUCUGUAGAUGUAUGCAUGAACUAUGAUAACUUAAGUGUAGCUAAACUGAUUUUUAUUUAAUUUCAUAUUGUACAAAAAAAUGUUAAGGCGUCAGUAUUACUUUUGUUUUACACAUCAUUAUGUUUGACAAAAUCUUCAUGGACUGUCAACUCCUGAUGUUGGGGAUAGAAAUGGUCCCUGAAACAUCAAUAAUUUCUAACCAGCUGACAUGGCUGAUAGCCCGAGAAGAUUUCAUCAACUUCAUCCACUCUGAAGGCUUAAGAUUUUACAUCAUUAUAUUUAUUGGUGUUCUCUACUAUGGAAACCAUGUUCAAGUUUUAUUUAGUACAUUUUAAGAAAUAAAAAACUUGUAAGAGCUGAUGGAUUUUUAGCUGUUGCACAUGCAUACUUAACAGAUCAGGGUACAGUGACUCGCUAGUUAUUGUUAUGCUAAAUAAGUAAGAGUGUUACCUUAUCUAUUUCAGUUGCUUAAAAAUUACUUCAGUAAAAUCUACAUUUUCAAAAGGUCUGCACAUAGCAAAACAUAAUAAGAAGAAAUUGCCUAACAGUGAUGGAACAAUUAUGGCUUUGUAAUUCUUAAAGCAGUUUUUUCUUACAAUGUAGCCUAACAUGCUUAGAUUGCAGAUAAUUAGUGAUCAUAGCAUGAAUGAAGGAGCAACAGAAAUUAGUCUGUAAUUUUCAUCAUAAGUGGCGAAUUGAACUCAACGAAUCCAAAUCAGUACAUAUUGACUUUACAAACAAGAGGAUUGCACAACAAUCAGUCUUCAUCGAUGGCACUCAAGUUCCAUACAUCAACACAGCGAAAUAUCUUGGAAUAACUCUAGACGCCAAGUUACGGUGGAAAGAGCAUAUCAAGAAAAGUCGUGAUGAGCUCAACAAUAAGUUCAGAAAAAUGUAUUGGUUGCUUGGACUCAAUUCUGAGCUAUCAAUCCACAAUAAAUUUACAUUAUACAAACAAACUCUACGUCCAGUUUGGAGUUAUGGUAUCCAGCUCUGGGGCUGUGCCAGUGAAUCCAAUAUUCAAGUGAUUCAACACUAUCAGAACAAAGUGCUAAAGUGUAUUGUCAACACACCAUGGUACAUUCGUAACAGUGACCUUCAUCAUGACCUUGGGAUCAAGACAAUUAUAGAUAUCAUCGCUAAGUCCGCCACCUCUCAUGAAACCAUGUCAACAUUGAAGCGUCCAGACUUCUCAAUGUGAACAAUAUCAUUAGACGACUCAAACGGAAGAAACCGUUCAAACUAGUUAAAUGUUAAAUUGCACCUUUCAGAGUGGGUUGCAAAUGUGGAAGCUGAAGGACGUGUGAUUGAAGCUGUGAUACACGUUUUGAACAAGACUGGCAUUUGUGUAACAAACCUCCUUGAAACCAUCAAAAUGGCUGAGAACAAUGAUGAAUCUCAACUGUGUCUUGAUCUAAAUCUCUUGAACAUUUAUUCUGCAUACAGAAACAGCAUGGAUGAUGAUUUGGAAGAAUUAAUGAAGAAGAUGCAAGAUGGAAAAUUUAGUUUGUCAGAAUUUAUCAAAUCACUGAUCACAUUGCAAACUUCAGCAAUUCAUCGUAUUGAAGGCAGUGGGUUGCAAGACAUGAGCAAUGUGUUACCUGAACUUCAGACUGUCAAUGCUGAAUUUCAAGAAUGUGAAAUAAUGUUCAGUACCAUUGAAACCAAGCUUCAAGAGAAGUUGGGCCAAGUUCAGAAGAGUUAUGAAGAACUUUGUAAAGAUUUUAAAAUUUCGAAAUCCAAAAUUGCAACAAAAGCAAAGGUGUCAUCACCCACUCUUUCUCCAGUAUGUGCUGCUGUCAGUGCUGAAGAUGUAUAUAUUACAGACCAAACUCCAGUUCGUGAUGUGAAUAGAAUCUUGUGUAACAAACAGACAAAGAGCGAGGCUAUUGCUGACAUAGAGCUUAAUCCUCGGCUCCUACAGACACCAGAGUUUGACAGAGAAUAUGACAGCCCACUGCAUACAAGUAACUUACCUAGUGCCAGAAAGGAACACAAAACUCCAGCUUGCAAAAGUAUAUGUACAUUUCGUGGAACAACCAACAAGAAGUCACAUGCCGGUAAUCUGUGCUCUCUUACCAGUUCCCUUGUGAAAAAGAAGAAAUCUGUAGGAAAGGCACUACAGUUCCAGUCUGUGCCAAGGAUGAAUGUGCUGCAUCGCCAAUCACGAGCUGUGCCGUCUGUCGUCAAUGAACUAUUUGAGAAAUCUCCAGAAGAAACACAGGAGAGGAUUCCUGCCACCUCAGUUGAAAGUAAAUCUGCAAUAUCAACUCCCUCACAAGACUGUUUUGGUGAUGUGACAUCUGGCAUGAAGAUAAGUCCAGCAGAUCUGCUUUGUUCCCCAAAUCCCAAAGAAGCAGAACAGCAAACAAAGGGAAGUCGUCGGAAAUCACUGGAUGCUAUUAUUGAGCGAUAUUUGAAAGUCCGGAAGAAUAUGGACUGUACAUGAGAUUUAAAAGGCUCAUUACUUGUUAACAGUGUAUGAUGUGUGGUGAUUGGAAUGAGAUCUUUCUAAUAUAGAAAACAUAUUUUCUAAUAAACUUAAAAGAAAAGUUGCUUCAUGGCAUUAUUCAGUUAUAUUCUACCAUCUAGUGCUACAGUUAAGAAUUUGUGGAGCUGUACCUCAACUCCAUCAUAUGUCUCCAUGGUUUGGUGCUCAAUUAAUAAAACACAGGGACUUUACCUUACUUUCUAAUGUAAAGGUAAUGUGAAUUUGUCCCUGUGCUUAAUCAAGCACAAUGCUAUGGAGAUGUAUGGGGGAGUGGAAGUAUAGCUCCACUGUUCUUGAGCUUGUCACAUGAGAAAUGGAAAAAUGGCUAAAAAAUUGCAUUAUGUAACGUGUUUCAUAGUUUAUUGAAAGCUGUUGAUACAGUUAGUAUUCCAUACUGUGGCCUUCUGUCUUAAUGAUGCCAUAUAGUAUGAUCAGUGCAUGCGUAUGUUUCAGAGGAAUUUACUUACACUGUCUUCAGGGUAAAAAAAUAGAGGCUGCAUGUUCCUUCAAAAUGUCGGUGCCCACUUACCAGACUACAUGGUGACAUAACUGAAAACACCAUAGUAUGUAUCUGGCCAUUGUAACAUGAGAUGUUAUAUACAGAUAUCAUCUAUUGAUUCUAUAUAUAUAUAUAUUGUAUAUGUUUGUUUUGAUACACCUCUUUAUGUUUAUUUAGCUGGUUAGGAAUAAACGUAUUACAGAACUGAAAU